AUGAGCGACAACGUGACGAUCCUCGACGAGAUUGCAUCGCGGGCACUCGACAUCAACGUUCGCGACCGGGGGGGCCGCACAGCACUGGCGGUCGCGGUUGCCCACGACGAUCGCAACAGUGUCGACUGCCUUCUCACGCACGGCGCCCUUCUCAACACGCGCGACUGGCGUGGGUCGAGUCCUCUCCAAGACGCCAUUACCUGGCGCAAAAUUGACAUGGCGCUGGCGCUCAUUGCAGCCGGCGCCGACGUCAACGAAGUGCUCCGGGAGAAGCGUACGCUACUCCGCACUGUGAGCGCCGAGGAUUCGGACGAGGUGGCGAACGCGCUCAUCCCUGCCCUCAUCACCGCCGGAGCCAACAUCCAAGAAGCCAUGACGUCUGGCUUCUGCCAAGUGGGCUGGUCUCACAUCAAGGUGGAUCGCAUGCGGCUCUUCUUGGCCCACGGCGCGCGCUUUGCGGACAUGCCUCCGAUCGUACGUCUCAGUCUCUUUGUGUGA